UUUUAAUUCUCUUCAUUUGGCUAAUAGUGGAUUCUACAAUGGUAAAAGAGGAAUCAAGCUCUGAAAUUGUUACCUGGAAUGGAUUUAAGCCAUACAAACCGGCUAAAAUUGACGUGUUUUUGGCUAAAGUGUUUCCGGCAAACAUUAGCGAAACUACAUUUCUUGGUCUUGUAACGGUAUUUGCUAUAGGAAUGGGUAUUCGUGGACGAAUGAAACGAUAAUUGAUAAAUAUGUAUUGUUUUUGUAGGAAUAACGAUAAAUUGAUUUUACGAUUUUAGAACCUUUUAUUUGACCAUUUUGGCUAUUUUUCUAUGCAAAUUUAUCUGAAUUAUUCGUCUAUUUCUUUAAUUUUUACAGAUUUUUUUCUUUCAUUUUUUAAUUGAAAUGGGUGAUGGGAAGAAAUCUGGUGGAGGUAGAAAACAAAGGCCAUCAUACAAGGAUCGUCAAGGAAUUUCUUAUCAACAAGGAGAGGACCCUCCAUUUCUGGCACAAAUGAAGCAAAAAUUAGGAUAUAAAGAAUACACUGUUGAUGACAAGUUUACCAAAGAGGACGAAGAAAAAUCAGAGCACUCUGGGGAUGAUGAGGAUGACAUUCGGAACGUUCCCGCUGAGAGAAGACCACAGAUUGUUGUGCUAGAACCAGGAAAGGACCUGACUACUGAACAACUUCAAAAAGAAAUUGAUAAAAAGCGGGAGGAAGACGAUAAACAAAAAAUUCUCCAAGGCAAAAUUACAUUUCGAAAACCAGAAAAACGUUCAUUGGAUUCUAGUGAAAGUAAAGAAGAAAUUGACAAAAAGAAGUCGAUGAAAGAACAAUCUUCUAGGGAACCAGUACAUAAACGUUUACUUUCAUUUGGAAAUGAAGACGAGGAAGAAUAA